AAAUGAUUGCCAACUCUUUACGAUAUCCUAAUUGCUGCAUGAUAUCCAUCAACGGGGGCUUAGGCCAAAAUUCAUCAACGCGCUGGCAAUCAGAACCCAGAAUAGGACAUGAAAAUGUUAUCUGAUGCGUCAUAAACAGGUUUAAAGGUACGAGGAACAUGCAACAGACAAGCAAGCAAAUUCCACCUAAUCUACCGUUCUUCUCACAGGAUUAGUUAAGGUAGUUGAGCUCCAAAACCACUCAAAACCCACUUUUUUUUUUAUUCAAAACAUUCAUCCUCACCUAUAAAUUCCCCUCUUUGAUCGAUCUCUUUCUCAAGUUUUAACAGCAAGUUUCUCAGCCAAAAUCAGCAAUUCUAAUCAUUCUUCCUACAGUGCAAUUAAUAGGACACAAUAAGAUACUAGUGCAACUAAUCAUGGCUCUCCAGCAGUUAUUUCCAGCUUUAUCCAUUGCCUUGGUGCUUCUAUCUUUGCCUGUUUAUGGCCAGAUCAAUUCACCUUGUACAACUUCGAUGCUCACCAGCUUCACUCCUUGCCUGAAUUUCAUUACCAAUAGCAGCACCAAUGGGAAUUCGCCUACUGCAGAUUGCUGCAAUGUAAUUAAGGCAUUCAUGGCCAACGGCACAGGCUGUCUCUGCCUUGUUGCAACUGGAGGCGUUCCCCUCAACCUUCCCAUCAAUCGAACUCUCGUCCUCUCCCUCCCCCGCACCUGUAACCAGCCUGGUGUACCCCUUCAGUGCAAAGCCUCUGUAGCACCUAUUCCUGCUCCAGGCCCUCUAGCUGGUGGACCUGCAGUGUCACCUGCAGCUAAUCCUCCUACAGGUACUAUGUCACCUGCAGCUGCUCCUCCUACAGGCUCUGUGGUUCCCCAGGCUGGCUCUCCAACAUUGGCACCAGAGGCUGAAACAAAUCCAGCUUUGACUCCACCAUCUUCAACUACAAAUUCAGGAUCUCCAGCAGGGAAUUCAGGCAACCGACAGUCUCUGACCCCAUCAGCUGCCUCAACACUGAGUUUUUCACCAUUGCUUCUGCUAGCUGUGAUCGGAGCAAUUGCCCUGAGGAAUUAUUGAUCUGAUGCUAGCACAUUUUGUCAAGUCGAUUGAGCACUUGUUAUUCUUUGUAUUAUAGAUUAUUGCCUUAGAUUUGUAUAAUUAUUAUAGUUGUGGAGUUGAAAGUUCGCUAUUCAUUGUGAGAAAAUAUCAGAUCCUUCUGUCCA